ACGAAGACCGAUACGCGAAUACGUAUAUAUAUCUCGUACAUACCACACGUGAGAAGAUGUUCGAUUAUAUAGCGACGCAUAAUCUUCGUCAAAUUGAGUGAUUUGAAAAUUGAAAUUGUUAAUUCGAACGAAUAGAGUGGAUAAUUACGAAGCGAGCAAUACUCGAGAGUUUCCUUGGACUGUUUUACAGCGGCACGUGACGUCACACAGAGAACGCUCUCGUUCGAUAUUCACGCAAUAUUUACACUCGUAUCGGCAGCGCGGGUGCGGAACAUCGCGAUAUCUAUCAACGUCUUAAACUUUUUUUCGCGUCCGCCUCGAGAUCUCUUGUUGACUUUUGCCAUUGGAUUCUCACAGAGGACUCUCACAGCUCCCCCUCUUCUCACUCUAGCCACACUCUACACCAGUACGAUCGUCUGACGAUCGGUACACGUCCAUACGAAGCGACGCAAGCAUCGAGUUUGCCUCGUCGUUUCUGUUUUCUGCUCGUUCACGUGUUUUUUCCAUUAUUCAUUACACCAAUUUUAUUCGACACACCGUAUUCGUUGUUUCUUCCGAUAAACGUAAUCGAAAUUUUCAGUGGGAAUUUCCAAGUGCAUUAUUCCGAGUGUAAUUUCUCGACGAAAAAUUUUGAGACGUUUUCGCGAAUUAGGUUAUAUUUUAAUAUUUCGUAUCGCGUCAAAUUGUGUCCACUGUGUUUCACGUCGUUAUAUUAUACAUGUAUUUUAUAUACGUAUAAAAAGGUUAACCGUUCAAACGUUGUUGAAAUAUUUCCUGUCAAUGAUUUACGUGGUAUCUGAUGCAUCGUAAAUGUAUCGAUGUAUUUAGUGCGGUAUAUUGUUUCAAAUAAAAAGUGUUCUCGUUCGAAAGUGAUUGAAUCGAAACUUUCCGGUUUAAAAGACACAAAGUGUUUUAUUUAAUCAAAUUCACAAUUGCAAGAUCGACUAGUAACGCCAUGUUCGUUCGCGAACGUAGAGAAGUUGCACUUCGAGAGUGAUUCGAUUUCUCGAGAGAGUUUGGCCUGAAGAUAGCGACACCAUUUUCAAGCGGAACGAAGAUCGAUUACGAAGCGGAGAUCGAUCAAAAUCGAAUUAGCAAUCUCGAAUUUCAUCCGAAUCGGAACUCGUGUAGAACAUGUUGAAUCACGAUAAACGCGAGAACGUGUCGCGUGUCAUUGUCAUUUUCGUUUCAUCUCGUUUCGUUCGGAAAUAAGAGAGCCGCGCAUCGUGGAUUGUCCUUAAUCGCGUAUACGGGACCCGUCGAGCGAUAAAGCGGUGUGUGCGGUUCUUUGUGUCUGUGACGAGGUGAUGAAUUGCUCGUGCUCUCGCGUAUCGUUGCAAUCGUUUAUUUCUCGCAACUCGAAAAGAACGACGACCCGUGGCGAGAGACUAUCGUUAUCGUUUUCGCGGUGAAUAUUCGUGGAGCUUUCUAAAAGUCUUCGAACGCGACUCUCGAUUUUCGCAACAUCGAGCGAAAUAAGGUUAGAAGAGGAAGAAAGAAAAUUCGAUCCGAGAAUAUAUAGCGUUUUAUGGUGACGUGAUCAAGGAAAAUAUACGAAGAUACGAUUCCACGAAGUGUGAAUCGAAACGCGUCGUCGUCAAAGCUGCUUUUGAUCUCGAAGAGAAGAACUUCUUGCCACCGCAUUUACCCUUAUCUAACUCUGCCUCGAUCGUGGAGCAAAGAGGGCCACUUAUAAAGCCCGCGCUUUUUUCCACCCGCCAUCUAACCUAGCAGAUAGGUUUCUCGCGGUGCAUUAAUCGAUCUAAAAAAUCGAUUCUCGCCACGAUUGCGGGAAGAGUGGGCUUCUCGGCCGAAGGCUACGUUCUCUUAUCGUAAUAAUUGUUUAGAAGAACGAGCGAGAAAGAAACAGCGAAGAAUCGCGAAAGAGUGAGGAAAAGGAAAAAGAGGUGGUGGCGCACGUAUCGAGGAGAAUCGUGGGUGGAGAGUGGAGCUCUCUCUCUCUCUCUCUCUCCUCUGGAUAAGGCUGUAGCGUGGAGGAAGGAAGAAUUAUUGGCGAUAAAUAAUAUUAUCGGUAACUUGGAAAAAUAAUCAUCGACGAAAUAAUUACCCGGUGCGUAGAAAACGAUUAAUCGUCCUUUCGAUUAUUGGCGGCGAGUAGAGGAAAUUUUUAAAAGCAACGAGCGAAAGCACGGAGCGCGUAGGAGUGGUGGUGGUGGUGCGUAGCUGCUCGUGGUAUCGUGGGCGGUGUGUUCAAUGAUCAUAGGCGUUGUUGUCGGUUUUGUCGUCGAUCGACGUGCGCCGAAUUCGCCUGGAUGCCAGUUUUGGAGGGCGGUGUAGCCAAGAAGCGAAGUGUCGACAGGGCAGCUCGCAAAAUGCGGAUGAGACUCUGCACCGGUUCCAAGGAGUCGUACACGCUUCUCUCCAAGAAACGGAGACAACAGCUCGAGCAAUCCGUGUAUUGCGAGGCUGAGUCCCGGCGCAGCGCCUCCGAGGACGAGAGGCAAGAUGUUCAAGCGGGUGGCAAUCAACAGGAGAAGAUCAAGAGUACCACUCAUGAUUUAUUCGAAUUGCUGGAAAGAGUGCAGUGCUCGCGUCUCGACGAUCAACGAUGUGUUCUACCGCCGUACUUCUCCCAGACCCCGAGGGAGGACAGGGCAGCGUCGAGUCCUGGUAAUCAGAAUAAUCACACACCCACACCAUCCCCGUCACCGGUCGGCGAUGCACCCGUUGGCAGGGCUCUUAUGGAGGCUGCGCUUCAGCAAGCCACUUCCGGAUCUCAGCCACCUCUGGUGGUGACACCGCCUGGUUACUGGGUCGACGGUACCGAUCAUCGACACGCCCUGGACUCGGCUGGCAGGGCGUUACUUCCGGCCCAGCCUGCAUGGCAACCGAGGAUAGACCAAGACGACACGGCCAAGUGUUACAGGCGAUUUUUCGUCGGCAGGGAGCACGUGAACCUGGUCGGAAGGGACGGAGAGAACGGGCCGGUCCUCGUCUCGGUGAAGGCCGAGACGGUCGCUGGACAGGAGCAUUGGAGGGUAUUGUUGCGGUUGCGGGCUGGCUCCACCCACGAAUUGGUACCGGCCGCGAACCUCGGCCCGAAUCCGUCACCCGCGAAAAUGGUCAAGGCCAUCAACGAAUCGCUGAACGUGAGCACUCUGAUGCCCGUUGUUUGUUCCGGUGCCGGGACCCUGAUAGCGCGAUACGACGAGCACGCGUUGGUGUCGAGGUUUAAAUUCGGCGUGCUUCAUCAACGCGCCGGCCAGGUGACCGAGGAGCAAUUGUUCGGGAACAGGCAGAUCACGCCCGCUUUCCAAGAAUUUCUCGACUUGCUCGGGCAGAAGAUCGAUUUAAGGGAUCACAAAGGAUAUCGCGGAGGUUUGGACACAAGACACGGUCAAACAGGCGAUUCGGCGGUGUACGAGGUGUUUCGAGGCCGAGAGGUGUUGUUCCACGUCGCCUCCCUUUUGCCGUACAGUCCAGGCGACUCGCAGCAAUUACAGCGCAAACGACACAUCGGGAACGACAUCGUAGCGAUAAUAUUCCAGGAGGAGGCAACCCCUUUCAGCCCAGAUAUGAUCGCCAGCCACUUCUUACAUGCGUUCAUCGUGGUGCAAGUCGUCGACCCCUGCACACCUAACACGAGGUACAAGGUCAGUGUAACGGCACGAAACGACGUUCCCCUGUUCGGCCCUGCUUUACCGACUCCGUCGGUAUUUCUACGAGGAAUCGAAUUCAAGGAAUUCCUAUUGACGAAAUUGGUGAACGCCGAGAAUGCGGCGUACAAAGCCGAGAAAUUUUCGAAACUCGAGUUGAGAACGAGGUCAGCUUUAUUGGAAUCUCUUACGGAGGAAUUGCAAGCGAAGACGGCUGAAUUCCUCGGCGGAGCAAUCGGAUUCGGCGGCAGCGGCCUAACUUUCGGCGGUAAUUGCCCGGUAAGCCCGACGGGGGGGAACGACGCGUCGGGGUCGGGCGGCGGUGGGAGCGGGUCCAGAUUCAUCGACACCGUGCGAAAAGCGCUGAUAUCGCGUGUAAGGAACGCGUCGACGGAAAGCGUGCCGCAACAAUUGUCGAAGAAGGGCCAGUCGGAGUCCAGUCCGCCUAGCAAUCGACAAUCGACCGCGAAAAUUAACAGCAAACGCUCGGUGGAGCCAUCUAGCCCCUUGGGCUCGCCCGAUUUGACACUUAGAAGGGAUUCGGAGCGUGGAAGCCCAAGCUUGGGCAGCCAGGACAGUAGCUUGUCGAACACCGACAAUCAAGAUAGCAGUUUGGCAACGUUGCAGCAGGACGAGGUCGAUCGGAGAGAGUCCGCCACGUCCGUUUGCGCGAGCAACGAUAACACGGUGGUGGACAAAAUUUCAUCCGUUCAAAGGUUGACCCACGAAAAUUUACGGAAGCAGGAGAGGUCGGAGAAGACGGAAACAACUCAACGUGUUAUCUCGGAAAGUGACGACAGCUCGUUGAACAGCGAGCUUGAACUGGAUCAGGUUGUAUACCCGGACAGCGACACGGGCCUCGAAUCGAUGAGCUCGGCCGAGACGCACGAUACGACGAGGUGUACCGCCAAGGACGGCGUUUUAGAAACGGAGAACUUGAGAAUGGAAGUUACGAGGCUUAAAUGCGAUAAAUUAGAUUUACUCAGGCAAAAUGUGACCUGCCAACGUGAUAUAAAACGCCUGCGAGAAAAGGAACUUCAAUUGCAGUCCGAUCUCGCGGCCGCGUCGAAAGAAAUUCUUCGACUGAGAGCUAUGCUGAAAGAAUGUUCGACGAGUAUUCCAUUGGACAACAACAAUCAACAGACGUCUACCGUUUAAAGAUGGCUUUGAGGCGUUAAUACAUUUAAUAUGCCUUCAUCGGCGCAUAACUUCCCGUUGCAAUUAUUAGAUUUUUAAUAAUUAGUUAGGCGCGGUAGUUGAAAACUCUAUAAAAGAAAAAAAAAAAAAAAAAUCAUACUUUUUCGGAAUCGAUUCUUGAAAAGAAAUUUUUCCGAACCAGUGUUUGCGAAGAGUUUGAAACUUGCAAUUCAAAUGCUUUACGUUACGUUUUAACAUUGUGGUUGAACUUCUUUAGGUAAAUUGAUAUAUAUAUAUAUAUAUAUAUAUAUACAUAUACGCUGUGUAUAUUACGAAAGAACGGGUCAGUGAAGGAUAUUUAGAGAAAAUGUUUUUGCGAUAUAUAUAUAUAAUACGUCUUUCGAGAUAUUUACAACGUAGACGCUAAUUGUUACUUGUAGAGAUAUUUGUUUGAUCUUUAACAAUAUUAUUUAUCUAUUAAUUUAUUAGUAGACGUAAGUUAAUCUCUAAUAGUCAAUAUUAAUUGCAAAUAAAUGACGCAUAUACGCAAAA